AUGGAAAGCAUCCUAGAUCGCACAAAACUUGGGCGACCAAAAUGCGCACCAAAUUCCGAAUCACAUUUAAAGGAUUAUUCCUCCCACCGAAGUAAAAUAGUAUCAGCCUCUGCUAAUAUGGAUUCCCCGAAUAACCGGUCUUUAAACACCUACGAGAACUUACAGCCGCCUCCCAAACCGUCUUUCAAUCCUGCUGCCAACCUUCAACUAAUCAUGACCGGCGAACAAAACCCAGCACCUCCCAAACCCUCUCUGGAACCACCCCAAUCCGAAGAACUUGACUCACUAAUUUAUUCAAUGCUCAAGGAAUUUAGACCAGCAGUGGAGCAGGUCAAAUCAGAUCCCCCAACAGAGGAGAUGAAUCAUCCACUAUACGGCUCAACAAAGAGUAAGAAGUUCACAGUGACACCGGUUCCUUCUGGAGGCUCUCCAACAGGUACUACCUUUGUUGAGAGUUUUUCCUCCAGAAGCUCCAACGAUGAUGGGCAGCCAAAACUUGCUGCGCCUCAAGAGUCUUUGAAAUACAUUACGGUGCCUGAAGACCUGAUCAAUUUAGACAGGAGAAGCAUUUUGAGAGCGCGGUUUCGUAAAGCUUUAGAAUACGCAAAACACGCUCUGGGUUUUAUUAUAUCCCACAUAGGACUGUCACUUAUGGUGGUUGGUUAUACAAUUCUAGGUGCGCUUGUAUUUUGUGCUGUCGAAAGAGAAAGGGAACGGCAAGUUAAAACGCAAAUGCUUGUUCGUUUCAACAAUACGCUUACAGAGCUGAUGGAUUUGUGGAUAACAAGUUACAUUAAUUUGAGGAACAAAAUUGAUCUAAUACAUCGAGCCGCGAUGAUGAAUCAAACCCUCGCAAUCCGUACACAAGGGAAACACGACCUUGAAGGCCUUGACUGGUAUCUUCACGGCCUGGAGCUGUCCAAAGAAAUAAUACCAAGACACUGGCUUGAGGGUAUUGUGUCAAAAAAUACCUCAAAAACUUACCAAGACUUGAAAAACUCCACCAUUUCGUCUUCCACACUGCAAAAUCUGCACAGUGCAACUGCUCCCGCCUCCUUUCCCACUGACAGAAAUGGCACCUCUUACCCGUCAAGCCUCGAGUUUGACCACAAAGGCAUCAUGGAGACACUUUUUAAUAGCAGCUUUAACACAGACCAGAUAUCAAACAUAAGCGUCCUGGCCGAGAGCGUCCGAGCCAAUGUUACCCAGAUUAUUGCCACCUAUGUAAAUCAGGUGGUUCAUGCAAUAAAAGAUGAAGGAUGGAAUGGGGCCUCUAACUUCGAUGAUAUUAACUGGACAUUUGAAGGAGGCGUACUGUUUGCCAUUACUGUCAUCACUACAAUCGGUAAGCCCUAG